CAGGUUUAGCGUGCAGCGCGGUCUGAUGCAGAGAGGAAGACAGCAGAGACAGGAUGAGACUCUGAGGACGACCACCGCUCUCAAGGCAGGAUGGAGACGUGGCUCAAAAGCGCAAUUGUUGCGUUGCUAACUGUGGCAGGAGCAACCCUGGUGAUCCCAAGAGAGUACAAUAUAUAUCUGAAUACAAGAGAAAACAAAGAAAUUGUGCCUUUGGGUUCAUCUCUGAUUUUGCACUGCUGUGUAGCAAUAGAAAAGCCAGAAAGGUGUCGGGUCACGUAUUAUUUCGAAGGAUUUAACCAAACUGACAAGAAAGAAAUUUGUUGUAACACCACAGAUCCAACAAAGUGCAACUCCACCAGAGAUGGAUGCCAAAGUACAUGCACGUUAUUUAAUAUUAGUGAAAGAGACUACGGAUUUUACUCUUGCAAAGUCACAGUAGAGAUUCCUGUACUAAGUGAAGUUUCCAGCAAAAGGACAGAAGUAAGAUUGGAGAACUUUAUGGAAAAAACAACGGUUCAGUCACAAACGACGAAAAGCCAAGUGACCAGCCAAAAAGAGGAAAAUGAGAAUGAGAACUUGUGGAUGUGGAUCAUCGUGGGGGCGUCAUCUUUCGUCCUUGUCGUGAUCGCCCUGCUGGUCAUCUGUGUUGUGCGGAAACGGGGAUGCAGCAGAAGCAUAGAGCAGGAACCCGUCUAUGUAAACACCCGCCUGGGCAACCCGUCACCCCGGCUGAUGCCUGCGGACAACCCGAAGUCAGCUUCCUCCUCUCAGGACUUGCGGACGCCGAUCUCUGACCGGAGGUACGAGGGCAGAAACCAGAGAUACAAACACUGAGGAACCCGCGGAUCUCACAGACCGACAGACUGACAUUAAUCAGCUGAAUGCGAAGUCAUGAUGCAUUUCUGUUUAUACUUGUACGCAAAGUUUAACCUUCUGUAAAGAAUGGAGAAGUGGCCUUUGUUGGCCACUAGAUGACGCACUUUGAUGGUUUUGUGAACUUCUAAACUUUUUUUUUUUUUUUUAUCUGUGUGCAUGAUUAAAUUGUAAAUAUUUUUGCAUGUUAAGUGAACGAAAUAAUGAGUUAUAUACAGAUCAAUUUUUUUUUUACUUUUACUUUUUAUAUUGAAGUUAUUA